AUGUCUGUUAUUCGAUCUCUUGCCGCUCGAUCCCUUCGCCAAACACCAGCCUUAUGUCAUGUUACAUUGCGUGCUGCUCCUGCCGUCAGUUUGCAAACAAUGGCUCGCCGUACAUAUGCUGCUUCUGCUUCCGAUGCCACAGUACCUCCAGCAGUUGAAGCGCCUAAGAGUGAAAAGGCAUUGCCACCACCUGCUUCGCAAGAUCCUCGUUUGGAGAUGCUGUAUGCCACGAUGCCUUUUGUAGCUCAAUAUGGCUGGUCCAUGGAGAGUUUAAUACACGGCGCUCGCUCUUUGGGCUAUCCCUCUGUGGCUCAUGGUAUGUUUCCCGGUGGAGAAGCUGGUUUGAUUGAUGCCUAUCUCACUGAACAACGCAAACAAUUCGCUCAAUUGGCAAAGGAAAAGUAUAUUAGUGGCGAUUUACAAAACCUAUCUAUGAAUGAGAGAGUUCAAAUUUUGACAUCACUUCGUUUGGAUAUGAACAAACCCUAUAUCCAAAAGUGGCCCGAGGCACUUGCCAUCAUGGCACGUCCAUCCAAUGUUGCCAUGUCAUUAAAGCAUUUGGGAGAUAUUGCUGAUGAUAUUUGGUACUAUGCAGGUGAUAGAAGUCCCGACAUGAACUGGUACACAAAACGUGCUUCUCUAGCUGCUGUUUAUAGUACAGCCGAUCUUUAUAUGACCAAAGAUUCCAGUCCUAAUUAUGCCGAGACUGAGCGAUUCUUGAAAAGAAGAUUAGAUGAAGCAGCCUGGGUCGGUUCCUCUGCACGUCAGCUGAGUACUAUGUUGACAUUUGGUGCCAAGAGUAUGCUAAGCGCUUUAGCCAAUCGCGGAGGCAGAUUUUAA